AUAAAUAGAAGCAAACACACCUAGAUACAGACUUUUUCCUUCCCCCUGCAACUUGCACCUAAAUUUCCACUUUUUAAAAUCCUCUUUCCCUCUCUCUCUCUCUUCCACCGGAAACCUAACAUGUUCCCACCCCCUUCUUCCUCCCAACCUCCGACGCACGGCGGCGCCGCCCUCACGCGCUACUCCUCGGCCCCCAGCGCUCUCCUCUCCACCGCCACCGCCGCCGCUGGAUCAACCGCUCGCGAGCUUUCCGCCGCCGCCGGUUUCCAAACACACCUUCCUUCCUCUACCGCCCUCUUCUUCCCCUCCGAAAUUAAUACUUCCGACUCCAUGGAGGUCGCCGGCAUAAACGACGCCGGAAAGUCGAAAAAUAGCUCAGCCAGCGCCGCCUCUUCCUUCCUCGGCGGCGGCGGCGGCGAUUUCUCCUCGUCGUCGCCUCUGGUCCGCCGCAACAGCUCCCCGCCGGAAUUAAUCAAUCAGCUCGCAACCGCCGCUCGGAAUGACAAUCACGGAUAUUCGACAAUAAUUAGAGACAUGGAAAGAGCCAACCGCAAUCACAUUGAAUCCGGAAUGAACCAAGGGGUCAAUUUUAUUACACAACAUGAAACUUUUUCUCACAAUCCGAAAGAAACCAACACCAAUUAUAGAAAAUCGAAAGAUUCUUAUAUCGAUGCAAGCAUUGGAGUAAGGGCGUGGGAAAACACCAAUCCAAUAACAUUUUCAAUGGUACAAAGCAAGCAUGACGAUCAUAGUAGUCUAAACUCCAUGGAAUCUCAGUUUCAGUUCAGCUUGGGAAUGCCAUCAAUGGAGAAUCUUGUGAAUGUCCCGAAAGACUCGAUUCCCUGCAAGAUUCGGGCAAAGCGUGGUUGUGCGACACAUCCUCGUAGCAUUGCUGAAAGGGAAAGAAGGACAAGAAUAAGUGGAAAGUUGAAGAAAUUGCAUGAUCUUGUUCCAAAUAUGGAUAAGCAAACAAGCUAUGCAGACAUGCUGGAGUUAGCAGUAAAACAUAUAACUACUCUUCAAAACAAGGUUCAGAGACUGAAAGACGAAAUUGAAUGUUGUACGUGUGGAUGCAGCAAUUUAUGACAGUUAGUUCAUAGAGACUGUAAUAUUUUAUGUGUAUCAAAUUAAUAAUAUUGUAUGCAUUAAUCGAAUUCAAGCAUAUAAAUGUAUAAAUACAUUUAUAUAUAUGCAUAUGUUAUGUAUUUUUGGAUUCGAAAUGUUUUGGAGAAUGUACCGUGUACGUAUGUAUGCAAAUAGGCAUGUAAGAACAUUUCGACUCUUCUAAAU